CUGCUAGCGCGAACUUCUCCAAAAAUCGUUGUUAAAAACGGAUCUGGUUUUCACGAUUUGACCGUUUACCCUUCCAACAGCUGAACUACAAACUCAUGCACACUACAGAUGCCUCAGGGUUGAUCCUGGUUACAAGAUGGAAGCAGAGACGGACGACAAUUUGGCAGCUCAGGUGGAGGAGAUAGAGGCCCUGUCAGCCAUCUAUGGAGAUGAGUGGUGUGUUGUGGAUGAGGUGUCCCGUGUGUACUGUAUACAGGUCACGGAUGGGGAGGACAAACAGCAGUGGGCACUGUGUCUUCAGGUUAUUUUACCCACUGACUACCCAAAAUUGUCUCCUCCCAUCUAUGAGUUGAAUGCACCAUGGUUAAAAGGACAAGAACGAAUUGAACUAUCUAGAAGUCUGGAUGAAGUGUACUUACAGAACAUUGGGGAGCCAGUUCUUUUUCUGUGGGUGGAGAAAGUCCGAGAAUUUCUCCUGGAGAAAGAAGAAAGGGACCAGUCAGGUACAUGCAUUUUUUUCAUGUCAAAAGUGGCAGAGAACUGUAUCACUCCAGCAAAUUUGAGUUAGCUAUAGCAGAGUCUUAUAGUUUAUCUGAGAAGAUUCUUGAUUGAUCCAAAAGAUGAGGAACUCCCACCCAUCCACCAUGGGGAGCCAGUCACAGACAAGAGGAGCACCUUCCAGGCACACCUGGCACCUGUGGUGUCUGUCAGGCAGGUAAAACUGGUGCAGGGGAAACUGAUGGAGAACAAGAAGAUAGCUAACGCUACACACAACAUCCUGGCCUACAGAAUCUUUUGUGAAGACAGGAAUUCUUUCAUCCAAGAUUGUGAUGAUGAUGGCGAGACUGCAGCGGGGGGCCGUAUGCUGCACAUAAUGGAGAUCCUUGAUGUGAGGAAUGUGCUGGUGAUUGUGUCCAGGUGGUACGGAGGGAUCCUCCUGGGACCUGACAGGUUCAAACACAUCAACAACUGCACCCGGAACAUCCUGGACACCUGCGGAUACCUGCAAGCUAAGGAUGACAGUGCCUCAAAAGGAAAGAAGACAAAGUCAAAGAAGAGUAAAUGACAGGGAUUUAUCAACUUAAGUGCCAUUAAAGAAUCAAUUUUCUGAAACAUAUGUCUUGUUGCAGGGAUAGCAGAAGUAACUAGAAACUCUAUUUAGGUACAGAAUAUAUGAAAUGAAGUCGUACAGAUUUCAUAUGAAGAAACUCUAAGCUAAGGAAUAUUGUUAAUGUGGAAUAAUUUUAAUAUAUCAUAGUUGUCUUUGAUGUGUCAUUAAUUGAAUAAUACCAACUAUGCCUGUUCAAUUUUUACUGCUUUUUAUUAGAUAGAAUGAACCAUAAUCAUAUGGUAAUGUCACUUUAUUCCAUGGCUUUUUCUUAAAGACUUAAAGUAUGUUUUGAACAUACAGUGCAAUUUCUCAUGAAGCAUUGGCAAUAAUGUAUAUGAUGCUAAUAAUUUUCUUAUGUAUGUAGUAUUAGAAGUCUACACAUAGAUGUAAUUCCUUAUUGGAAUUAAUAAUGGAAAAUAAUGGAAUUAUUAAUUUCUAAGAUUAUUUUACUUUGAAUUGCAUGGCAAGAACAUGUUGUGUUGAAUAGGUACAGGCAGUCAGGCUGAUACACAGGGACCACUGGCAGCAA